CACAGCCAGGCCCCUGGGCUAGACACCUGCCUUCCACUCCCUCCUGCAGAGGAGACUCAGGAAGGACCAGCUCAGCGAGCCCAACGCCAGGCAUGGCCCCCAGGAAAGGCAGAGUCCAAGUGGGUGAGGUGGGGUGUGGGGUGGGGGGUAAAGGGAGAUUCCAGUGGUCUCAGAUGAGGAGCUCAUUUCAUGCAUCAGUCCCCCAGGCUCAGCUUCCGCCCGCCUGCCUGACUGCCUGCCCCUGCUUCCUCUUCUGCCCCUGCUCACUGCCAGUCACAGUGUCAGGGAAUGAGCCUGUCCCUGGGCAGCUGCAAGUGUUGCCUGGGCAGAGAUGCUCCUGACGCUGAUCUUCGCUGUGCUGUGGGGUGGUGAGUGGGCCGAUGGCCAUAAGGGCCUUCUUUGGAGCCAGGAGUCUAGAUUCUCUCUGGCAGUACAGGAGGUGGUGACGGUGCCGGAGGGCCUGUGUGUGUUGGUGCCCUGUAGUGUCACCUACCCCCGUGAAGGCUGGGAUAAGGACACUCCAGCUUAUGGUUACUGGUUCAUCGAAGGAACAGAAACGCUCCAUGGUCUUCCAGUGGCCACAAACAACUGGUCUCGAGAGGUGGAACCAAGGGCCAAGGGCCGAUUCUACCUUGUGGGCAAUCCCCAGGAGUAUAGCUGCACCUUGCUGAUCAAAAAUCCACAGAGGGAAGACAGCAAAUCGUACCACUUUCGGGUGGAGAGAGGCAAAUCCGUGAGAUAUAAUUUUAUGGAUAAAAAGUUGUAUCUGAAUGUGACAGCCAGGACACAGAAGCCAGCUGUGUACGUCCCAGAGACCCUGGAGCCUGGGCAGCAGGUGACAGCCAUCUGUGUGUUUGACUUGAACUUUCAACAAUGCCAAGCCCCUACCUUCUCCUGGAUGGGGGCUGCCCUUUCCACCCACCAAAUCAGUCUGACCACUGCUCGUAUCUCAGUGCUCACCUUCACACCAAGUUCCGAGGACCACGAUGCCAGCCUCACCUGUCGAGUGCACUUCCCCAGAGAGGGUGUGAGCUUCGAAAACAGUGUCCAGCUUAAUGUGGCCUAUGCCCCCAAAGUCCCGGUGAUCAGCAUUUUCCAAGACAACAGAUCAGCCCUGAUGCUCCAGGGAGACAGCCAAUCUCUGACAGUCCAGAAAGGCCAGUUCCUGCGGCUGCUCUGUGAGACAGAUGGCAGUCCCCCUGCCACCCUGAGCUGGGCCCUGGAGGACAGAGUCCUCUCCUGGUCCCACCUCUCAGGCUCCGGGCGCCUGCAGCUGGCAUUGCCCAGGGUGAAGCCUGAGGAUGCAGGACGCUACACUUGCCGAGGAGAAAACAGGCUUGGCUUCCAAAGCCGAUCGCUGAACCUCUCUGUGCAGUAUGCCCCUGAGAACCUGACAGUGAUGGUCUCUGGAGCAGAUGGGACAGUCCUGCAAAACCUCGGGAAUGGCGCGUCUCUCCCCAUCCUGGAGGGCGAAAGCCUGCGUUUGCUCUGUGUUGCCCACAGCAACCCCGCAGCCAGGCUGAGCUGGGCCCAGCGCUGGGAAUUUCUGAGCCCCUCCCAGCCCUCAGACCCUGCGGUCCUGGAGCUGCCUCGGAUACAAAUGGAGCAUGAAGGCGAAUUCAUUUGCGAAGCUUCGAACCCGCUGGGCUCCCUCCAAGUCUCCCUGCAUCUCUCUGUGCGCUACCCCCCACGGCUGCUCGGACACUCGUGCUCCUGGGAGGACGAGGGUCUGCGCUGCAGCUGCUCCUCCCGAGCCCAGCCGGCCCCCUCGCUGCGCUGGAGGCUGGGGGAGGCGUUGCUGGAGGGGAACCACGGCAACGACUCCUACACGGUCACCUCCAGCUCCGCGGGGCCCUGGGCCAACAGCUCCCUGAGCCUCCGCACGGGGCUCAGCGCCGGCCUGAGGCUUAGCUGUGAGGCUGAGAAUGUCCACGGGGCCCAGAGAGCCAGCGUCCUGCUGCUGCCAGAAGAGGAAGGACUCAUCUCAAAAGGAUUCUCUAGUGGAGUACUUUUGGGCACUGGCGUCACCGCCCUCUUCGUCCUCUGCCUCAUCUUGGUUUUCGUGAAGAUUCUGAGGAAGAAACAGACCCAGGCAGGGACUCCGACCCAGGCAGAGACUCCAACCCAGGCAGAGACUCCCACCAAAGCAGAGACUCACAGGCUCAGGGUCACAAGGAGGAGCACCAUCCUGGAUUAUGUCAACGUGGUCCCUAACCCGGGUCACCUGGCUCGGAAUCGAAGGGCCAAACCCAGCAGUCCUUCCAGGACCCCUCCUGCAGAUGCUAACUCCCCAGGACCCAAAUCAUCCCGUCCAGCCCCAGAAUCAGGGAAGCACAAAGAGGAGAUCCAUUAUGCCGCCCUCAACUUCUCUGGCCUCAGGGCACAGGAGACCCAGGAGUCCAGGAACAUCGGCUCGGAAUAUGCAGCAAUCAGGUUCCACUGAUGGCCCACUGGGCUGUGGGGUGGGGGUCUAGUCUGGAGGGAAAGGCAGGGUCAUAGAAAGGGUGAGGAAAAGGGAGCAGAAUCUCUUUCCCUGUCUUCUUUAACUUCUCCCAGGAUGGGUCAUCCCAUCCCAGAUCUGACAUUUGCAACCGCUUGACAGCUAUCCCCAGAGUGACCUUCUCUGGAUACACUCUUCUGCAAACAAAGAUAAACUUUUCAUGUGACAAACCCAGGCACCACCCUCUCUGAUUAUUCACAGUGUCACUUUUCUACAAGGUGGGAGAACCCUUAAAAGUGGCUCAACAUACCACUCAAGAGCCAAGAAUGUUUUUACAUUUUAAAUGGCUGUGGGGCAUUGGGGGAGAGUGGCCCUGGCUGGUGUGGCUCUGUGGAUUGAGCACUGGCCUGCAAACCAAGGGGGUGCUGGUUCAAUUCCCAGUCAGGGCACAUGCCUGUGUUGCAGGUCAGGUCCUCAGUUGGGGGCAUGUGAGAGGCAACCAGUUGAUGUAUCUCUUACACAUCGAUGUUUCUCUCCCUCUUUUUCUCCCUCCCUUCCCCAUCUCUCUAAGAAUAAAUAAAUAAAAUAUGUUUAAAAAUAAAACAAUAAACAAAUAAAUGGUUGGGGAAUCAAAGGAUUGGGUGGUGCAUAAAAAUAUGAAAUUCAAGUGUUUGUGUGUCCAUUAAUAAAAUGUUAUUGCAGCCUAGCCAUACCCAUCCUUUUAUGUAUCCUUCUAUGGCUGACUUCAUGCAGAGUUGAGUUGUCAGCCUGCAAAGCCCAAGAUAUUUAGCAUCUGGUCCUUUACAGGAAAAGUUUGUGUAUCUUAAAGUAAACUCACCCACUUAUUUUUACAGAAGGGGAAAUAGAAGUAGCAGUUUAGAAAUGGGUCAAGAGUAGCCAGGGCCAGUGUGAUCAGCUGUGGGACUGGGUGGGUCGUUUCCAGGUGAGGAUGUUCUGGGCAGGGAGGUGACAUGGAGGUUGGGGGUGAAUGGGUUGUGGACCUGAAAACCAAGGGGAGAGCACCAACCAGCUGGUGAAGAGAAGGGAAGAGGAGUUGUUUCUCACUGCAAAGCAUGUCCUUCCCCUUCAUCCUUCCCUGGAGGUCAUAGUUGUGAUUGUUUUAUAGACAGUCUCCUUGGGGGAUGGUUUUCAGUCUGGCAGAAAACUGGAAAGCCCAGAAAAGAUGCUGGCCUUUGUAUUAAAAAAAAAGUGAUGAAAAGCAGGAAGAGCUGG